AACCAGGAAGCUCAAGUCCUGAAGCAGCUGGCAGAGAAGCGCGAACACGAGCGGGAAGUGCUACACAAGGCUCUGGAAGAGAACAACAACUUCAGCCGGCUGGCUGAGGAGAAACUCAACUACAAGAUGGAGCUCAGCAAGGAGAUCCGCGAAGCUCACCUAGCUGCCUUGAGGGAGCGACUCCGCGAAAAGGAACUGCACGCAGCCGAAGUGCGCCGGAACAAGGAACAGCGGGAAGAGAUUUCUGGAUAAGUGGCUUUUCUACACAGCUGGCACCUGCUUCCUAAUAACUAACCCACCGAUCCCAACUUCUUCUUUUUUUAAUUAUUAUUUUUUUUGUCUAGACAGGGCAACAUCCGUUUUCUUUUUCGUUCCCCCCCCCGCAUUCCCCCUCCCGCCCUCCAGUGUACGAGCUCUACGUCUUUCUCCUCUCUCUCUCUCUCUCUCUCUCUUUUCACGUGGAGGUUCAUAGAGACCUCCCAGCCGACUAGCCAUUAGUUGAACCUUGAAUAUAAGCAUCCAUCAAACCAGCUUUUUCCUUUCGGGCUGUUCGGAACAAAAAACGCAAAACCAUUUAACGCACAAGAAUGAAGGGAACGCUUUCGGCGAGGGGUUUGGCCGCGUUGCGAAAGGCUGCUUCUCUAUGAACCCCCAUAUUAUCCUGAUUAUGAACCCCCUGGUUAUUCGCUCCCGCGUUCCCCCCCCAUCUCCCCUUCCCCCACAGCCAAGGAGACUGUGCAAAGAGGACUCUUCCCCUGCCAAGGCCUGUCUCACACACCCUAUGAGGAAGGAAGAUACCUUGAGUUAAGGGCACGCUGCAAACAGAAAAAAGCAACUUUCUAUUUGCAAACGGGGGGCGGGAGGGGAAUGGUCCGCACACAUCCGAGCCGCUAUUUGUGGUGGUUUCUUCUUCUUCUUCCUGGAGGUCUGCCUGGGGAGGGGGGGGGGAUUAAAAAAAAAUCUUACGAGGCCCCUGCUUUCUUGGUGAGGAAAGUUAUGACAGGAUAACUGAUGGUUUCGAUUUUGCUCUCUUGAUUGAUUUACGGGAAAGGGGAGAGUCAUUUCAGUGUCUUGAGUUUGAAGAGGACAUUUUAAAAAACCCAAACACAACAGCCACAGAGCAGGCAUGAAACAUUGCAAUAUCCAACCUCAAACCUAAUCCGGGCUUUUAGACUGAAUGGUGCGACCCAGAUUGUUGUGGGGAGGGGGGGGCAACAGGCCAACUAUGUAAACUGCUUUGAGAAGACUUUAAAGCACCGUGAAGCGGUAUAGAAGCCUAGGCACUAUCGCUAUUUUCCAAAGUCUCUCUCUCUCUCCAGGUUUAAGGACCGCCGGACAGCAGGGUCAUUGGGUGUGAGUGAGGUGUGGUCACAUCGGCAUCACACAGCAGGAAAGGGGCUUGGCUAGAGAGCGGCCAACGAGAUCUCGGCUAAACAUUAUUUCUGGAGAUGUUAAGAUGAUUUUUCUUUAAAGAUGGAAAGAGUCUCGUCUGAAACUCCUCUUUGCCUUUCCCCGGCCUACUAGAUAUAUUUUCAAAGAGGUCAGCGCGGAUUGAGAUUCCUUGGGCAUUUAGUGUGAAAAGUCUUGUUGAGGACAAGGUGGGACCAUCAGAAAGAAAGAGGGAUAGGGUUAAGAUCGUGCGAAGCGUUAGUACCACUUUAUAAUGUCUCGGUGAGACAUUAUAUGUUUGGUUUUGCAGGAGGCCCGCUGUAGCAAAAGAUGUAAGAAUGGGAUAUCUUCGGUCUCAGUUAAUUAGAAUGGGGGGGCUGCCUCAAAGAAAGAAUUGAGAAACAUAAAGAAAACGGGUGAAGUGGCAGCAUAAGAGAAUGAGAAAGGGAGCAAAUGUUUUGAUGGUCCUUCCUAUCAAGGGUUUCGGGAGUAAUUUUGAAUCGUUGAAAAAGUUGGUAAGAGCUGAUCGUCCCUUUAUUUAUUUAUUUAUUUAUUUAUUUAUUUAUUUUCAAACUGAAUCAGGUGAACCCCGAUUUGGAAUGACAAAACAUAUGCUGGCACCGAUCGAGUGAUCACUGUUAAUUCCCCCCCCCCCAUUUACAGCUCAUCUUUCAGUUUG